AUGAAUGAGUUUUGCAAGCGUCGACCACCAGCCUUUCAUGGAGGACCUGACCCGACCCUGGCAAAAGCCUGGCUGAAAGAAACCAAGGUGAUAUUUCGAACUUUGGAUAUCACUCAAGAUGGAGAUCGUGUGGCCCUGGCCACCUAUCAGCUGAAAGGAAAGGCUCGUAAUUGGUGGGAGUUGAUGGAGACAACUCACAAUGUCAUGACUAUGACAUUUGCUGAGUUCGAGAACAUAUUUCUAGACAAGUACUUUCCCACACCGAUGAAACAAGCAAAGGCACAGGAAUUUAUGAACCUCCAGCAAGAAUCCAUGACGGUGACCCAGUAUGCCGCUAAGUUUGAAGAGCUAUCACGCUAUGCUCAGAAUAUCAUUCUGACAAAAGAUGACAAGGCAAGGAGGUUUGAAUUGGGGCUUAAUUCAACUCGUACGACUGUGGUUGGGCACGCUUUUCCCACUUAUUCUGAAAUGGUGAAAUGUGCAUUGAGGCUGGAAAGGGAAGACAUGGCCUCUAAGGCAAGAUUGAAAAAGACGGUGACCACCGUUGGAAGACCAAUUAGAACUGGCCAGAGUAGCAAUAACAACAACACCCGAGGACCAUACCCAGCUAGGCCAUUCAAUCAGCAGCCCAACAACCAGCAGUGGAGAAACACUAGACCAAUGCAGAAUCAAUUCCAGAGGCCGCCGCAGGGGACUGUUAGGGACAUUUCGACUGUGCAGUGCUACAAUUGCCAAGCUCUGGGACACUAUAGCAAUCAAUGUCCCCAGCCCAGAAGGGAGAGACCAAUAGGAGGUGGGAAUCGGCAGCAAUUCCAAUCUGUUGGCUUUGGCAAUCAAAAUCAAGGUGGACUACAGUCGCAACAAAAUGUCAAAAUGCCACAAGUAGCUAAGCCACCACAGAAUAAUUGGAAUGGCAAGAAACCCAUUGGAACACAGCAGAACACUUGA